UAUAAGUAGUGAAGUGCUUUAGUGACGUUUACAAGUGUCUUUGAUGUCUCAGUGUUAAUCAUUGUACAAGGCUAGAACAAGUGUAGGCAUAGUGAAACGUCACUAUUUCAUGUAAGUAACCGCUGAGCUUGAGUAGGCAAUUCCUUGCUUUGUUUUGUGUUUAAUUCUUUUAAAAACCCAUUUACAAUGCAAACACGCAGAGCAGCUGCCGCCGCUGCAGCAGCGGCUCUCCAGCAGGAGCCUGAGAAAUGUGAUAAGCUCCAACUUACCUUGCUGGAAUUAAAACAAUCCAAGGAGUUUAGUGCUCAAUUGCUCAGUGAAAGAGAAGACAGUGAGAAGGAGCUAUUAUUGGUAAUUGAUAAAAACGAUAAGUUAAAAAAGGAACUGUGUACACUAGAGAGUGAUUUUAAUAAUGUAAACUCGGAGCGGGCCCGGCUUCAGGAGACGGUUGACAGGUUUAUGGAGUGUAAUGCUGCAUAUGAACAGGCCCUGAAAGACAUCGACUCAUUGGAGAGAGCACUGCACGACGCCCACGAACACAUCUACGAGCUACGGGAGGCCCAAAACCAAGCAGCUGCGGCACACACUCAGACCUUGUUCGAGGAACUGGUCCGGCCUGCAUCUCAGUUGGUUACCGCAGCAAUUGAAAACCCUUCAGUAACUACAGAUUUAACCAAUGAUGCCACUACACCAAGGUUAGUAAAUUGCAGCGGAAACAAACUAAAGUAGUAUAUAAAAUUAAAUAAACUGAUCAAAAAAAAUCAAAAGAUGUCAAAAAUUAAUAAAUUGUUUUUUAAAAAAUUGAGAUUUUGUAAAGUUAAUAUAAGUUUAGUAGAUAAGUUAGAUUUGUAUACAGCUCAGUUAGAACACAGUAGAUUACAGUAUGAAACUGACACACAGGCAUUAAAGUUAAAAAUUCAAAGCCUAGAGGAUUCAAUAAAAUCUUUAGAUGUGAUAAAUGAGAGUUCAAAAAAGUUAUUAGUGAAUAUUCUUUAGCCAUGGAUGAUUUAAUAUCCCAGAUUAAGCAUAAUUCAGAGCGGUUUGAGUCGUUGACAAAUGCCCAGGCAUGUGCAUGUAAGCAAGUGACUAGAGAUUUGUCGACCAGUG